UUUUGAGGCAACGGAAAUUGAUUCGAUUCGAAACUUAUCUGAGUUGAUACAUUUGAAUGACUUUAAAUAUGCAAAGAAUUUAGAUCAAGUUUAGACGUGGUAAAGUUAAGAAGUUAGCGGACGAAACGUCAGAGCAAAAAAAUGAGGUUAAGCCAAGAUUUAAGGCUCAUGAAUCUAGUGGUUGUUUUGCUGGAAAUUUCCAUCAAUCCGGUCCAAAGUUUGAGGCACAAAGUUUCACGACAAAAUUCCAAUCCUUGUGCCAAUCAUGCGGUGGGAGAUUUGGUGGAAAAUCCAACCGACUGUAGCCUCUUCUUUUUCUGUGGCGAUGAUGGUGAAACGGUGGAGGCCUCAUGUCCCUACAAUAUGUUCUUUAAUCCCCAAACGAAGCUGUGUGAUGUGGUCGAAAAGGUACCACACUGCCAGACAGGUAAUCGCCCCCCAUCCCCGGCCAAUGGUCCAAACUCUGCUGCCCCAGCUGCCCCAUCGGCCCCGGUAAGCGCUGAAGACAUUCUGGCCAAUGCGAAUCGUUACUGCUUCGAUUUGUACGGCCAACAGGCCCAAUCCAAUGCCCUGGUAUUCAUUGCAAAUCCCCAAAAUUGCUAUCAAUAUUUCAUGUGCUAUCACGGUCAGGCCUUGGUCCAGGAGUGCAGUGCCAAUCUCUAUUGGAAUGCCAAAAUCGGUAAAUGUGACAUGCCCACAAAUGUCCAAUGCAUACCGCCCGAGUUAAGCAAUGCAAAUGCAAUGCAAAUAUCUCCCGUGCCAGGGGGAGGGGAACAACCGCAGGAACAGGAAACCAUGUGUCCGGUGUACGGGCAUCAUAUCUUCCCACACAUGGAGCGUUGCGAUUUCUUUAUCUAUUGUGUCAAGGGUCAUGCCAUUGUGCAGCGUUGUCCCUUCUUUCAUUAUUUCGAUGUGGAGAGUGGUCGCUGCAAGGUCCGGCCGAUGGCCUUGUGUAUCAAGGAUUUAAAUUUGAAAUUCCGCAUGAAUUCAUUUUGAAGCGAAGAGAAUAAAAUUUUAAUGAAGAAAUAAAA